CACUGAACACUGCUGCCAAAGCAGCGCACAGAUUUCUACACCUUGAACACACUGCACCAUGGACGAUUAUAUGAUUUUGGAUGCAAUGUGCCCCGGAUGCUUUGGGACAGUUCUAUUUGUGAAGGAAAGAACGUCUGAUCUGGAGUUUACACUAAAGAAGGUUGAGUGUUUGGAUGAAGGCAGAGCCAACCAAGCAUACCAGGAGGUAUCUUCUGUCUUUCUUUCAAUGGUAAUGGACUGCCCAUACAUGACAACCCUGUCCACUGUGGUCACUUAUCACAGACAGGAGGAAAAGAAGAUCAACAAAAAGGUCAUCAAGACAUUUUUGGGACAAAUGGUGGAUGCUUUGGCCUACUUGCACAAACGGAGUAUUGCUCACAGGAAUUUGAAGCCAUCAAAUAUUCUGAUCACAAAAGAGGCCAAGUUUGUCAUAUUUGAUUUUGGAACUGCCUCCAUCACAGGAGAUAGAGUAAAGUUACACAAAAGAGUAAAGGACUGUGCCAAACGAUGGAUGGCUCCAGAGAGCCUGACCCAUCAUCAGAUGCCUGAGAAGUCCGACAUUUGGUCCCUGGGGUGUGUCCUUCUCGACAUGCUGACCUGUCACAUGCUUGAUGUGGAGGGAUCUAUCUCUCAGCUGCUGAGGAUCAGAGAGGACCAGACAUCACUGAACGUCAUCGUCCUCAAGGGCCUCCACCAAGUCCUCACUAUGAUGUUGGACCGCAACCCAAAGACCAGGACCAGUGUGUGGGAACUGGUGAAUGAGGAUCUGGUGAAGCAUUGUCUGCUGUUGUGUGGCUCCCCUCUACACGCCAUGAAGAAAACACUGCCCCCUGGUGUCCAUGGGCUGCCAUUCCACCAAGGCUUUGACAGUGUGCUCGAGUUCAUGCAGACCUACAGAGAUGUGGAAUCUGUCCAGAUGUCAGCUCUGUCAUACCUGCUGUCUGAGGAAAGGAACGUAUUCUACAGGGUAACUGACGUUGUUACAGCCGUCACCAUUGCCAUGCAAAGUCACAUGGACUGUGCAGGUGUUCAGCAAAAUGGUUGCCAGGUCCUACACCAGCGUUUAAUUGCAGUGCUGGGCCAAGCUGGGGAUGGCUCCUGUCUGCUUACCAAGGAAGUGAUCACCUGUGUCCUGAACGCCGUGCACAGUCACCCUGAGAAAGCACCACUGCUCUCUCAUGCCUUUCAGCUUCUCUUCUGUAUCUCCGGGGAUGAGCAGGCAGCCAGAGAUGUGCUGGACCUGGAUGGUAUCAGAGAGGUGCUGAACACACUGAGGAAGUUUCCAGAGGAUUGUGACAUUGUCGUGCCCUGUUGCAAAUGCUUAUGGAGCGUACUGACACAAAGACUUUGCCUUGGAGCUGUACCUUUGAAAGAUGCUGUGGAGGCUGUGUGUGUGGCAGCAGAGGCACACAUGCAGGACAGCACCGUGAUGGAGUCUGUGUGUGCAGCCCUGUCGUCCCUGAUCCUACAAGGUUUAUCUGAAGACCAGGACAUUGAGGAUUCCACCCUUCUGUUGAUGCACGCACUCCAAGCACAUUUAAAGCAUAGCUAUGUGGUGAAGUAUGCUUUCCUUGCUCUGGACAGUCUUGUCAAAAGCUCAGGUGAGUCAACAUAAACAUUGAGACUUUAUAUCAGAACAUAUGAGAACUGUCCCUGCUCCUCUAUUCCUUUUAGAGUUGGCUGCUUUCAGGCUUCUCCUCGCCCCCAAUGGAGGAAGUGGAUUAGCUAUUGUCAAGGAAGCAGAACUCCAACACCAUGACAACCCAGAGAUCGUAGGGAACUUUUGUAGCCUCCUCAGUGCUUUGGCCCGUUAUGGUGACGUCAUACCCGAGUUAGUUUCUGAGAAGAUACCAGAUGUCUUGGAGCAGAUUGAGAGGCAGUUUUCAUCAAAUAAGGAGAUAGCUCAAUUGGCAAAACAUGCCCUCCACAGCACAACAAACUUUGGAAAAGUCAACAUGACAAGCUCAACAUAAUUCAAAGUGUCACGUUGUGCUUCAUGGAUUGCUAUAGUGACAGUCAAAAUGGUGGUUAUUUCAGUUGUUUGUUUUUAUUAUCAGCUGUACUAGUUGCUACACUGUAUAGGUCCAUGUCCAAAGAUUAAGCUGUUGGUUAUUAAACGUAUCCAGAAAAACGUAUCACCUUAUCUGUUCAACAGUUUUAUUGCCUUAUCUAGGUGAUUUAGCUGUCACAUUAUCCUAGAAAAUGAAAAACAUUACAUUAUUAAAAUGAUUAAAACUUAUUACAUUAGCCAGUGUUAUUACAUACUGUACCAGUUGAAGAUCUUACAGUAUAGAGACACAUAGGCCAAGUGGUGGGAAAAAGUAAUCAAUUGUCAAACUUGAGUAAAAGUAAGGAUACCUUAAAUAGAAAAUAACUCAAGUAAAAGUCACCCAGUAAAAUAUUAAAAGUUUAAAUGUAUUUGGUUUUAAAUAUACUUAAGUAUCAAAAGUAAAUGUAAUUUCUAAAAUAUACUUAAGUAAAAGUAUACAUUUCUAAUUCAUUAUAUUAAGCAAACCAGAUGGCACAAUUAGUUUUUUUAAAGUUUUUUUAUUUAAGGAUAGCCAGGGUCACACAAAAAAACAGACAAAAUGUACGAACAAAGCAUUUGUUUAGUGAGUCCACCAAAUCAGAGGCGGUACAGAUGACCAGAAAUGUUCUCUUGAUAAGUAUGAAUUUAACCAUUUCCUGUCCUGCUUAGCAUUAAAAUGUAAUAAGUAUUUUAGGGUGUAAGGGAAAACGUAUUGAGUAAAAAGUGCAUUAUUUUCUAUCGGAAUGUAGUGAUGUAAAAGUUGUCAAAAUAUAAAUAGUAAAGUAGAGACCCAAAAACAACUUAAAAGUAGUAAUUUAACGUAUUUUUACUUAAGUACUUUACACCAUUGCAUAGGCCUGUAUGUAUCAUGUUAAUUUUGUAUUUAUGUUCUACUGUAUUUGUGGUCUACAGCUACAACUUCUGUACAGUGCAAUCGGAAAGUAUUCAGACCCCUUUUUCCACAUUGUUACGAUACAGCCUUAUUCUAAACUUGAUUAUUGUUUUUUUCUCCCUCAAUCUAUACACAAUACCCCAUAAUGACAAAGAAAAAACUGUUUUUUAGCAAUGUU